AAAUAGUUUUCCAACAUGCAAGGUGCAACUACUACUUUAAUACAAAAGUAACAAAACAACCGUUUCUUCAUUUCUUCGUUUUUUCUCUUACCAAACCAAGCCAGUCUCUUUGUUUUGAUCCCAGAUUCUCUUCUCUGAUCUGAUUCAUCUUCACUUCACAUUCCCAUUUCUCUUCUUGAUCUCUUAAAACUCCCCUUAAAUGGCCACGUUGCAGAGCCUUAUUGGUCUCAUCAAUAAAAUUCAACGCGCCUGCACUGUUCUCGGCGAUCAUGGCGGCGAAGGCAUGUCCCUCUGGGAAGCUCUCCCUUCCGUUGCUGUUGUCGGUGGCCAGAGUUCUGGGAAAUCUUCAGUUUUGGAAAGCGUUGUUGGGAGGGAUUUCUUGCCCCGUGGAUCUGGUAUUGUCACAAGGAGGCCUUUAGUGUUGCAACUUCAUAAGACAGAAGGGGGAGUUGACUAUGCCGAGUUUCUUCAUGCACCAAAGAAGAGGUUUACUGAUUUUGCUGCUGUACGUAGGGAGAUACAAGACGAAACAGAUCGAAUAACUGGAAAGACUAAGCACAUCUCUAACAUUCCAAUUCAGCUGAGCAUAUAUUCUCCAAAUGUUGUUAACCUAACCCUCAUAGAUCUUCCUGGUUUGACAAAGGUUGCUGUAGAGGGGCAGGCUGAUAGUAUUGUUGAAGAUAUUGAAAACAUGGUUCGCUCUUAUGUUGAGAAGCCUAACUGCAUUAUAUUGGCUAUUUCUCCUGCUAAUCAAGAUAUUGCCACUUCAGAUGCUAUAAAGCUUGCAAGAGAAGUUGAUCCAACAGGUGAAAGAACUUUCGGAGUGCUGACAAAACUUGAUCUGAUGGACAAGGGAACCAAUGCUCUGGAUGUUCUUGAAGGAAGGUCAUAUAGGCUGCAACAUCCCUGGGUUGGAAUUGUAAAUCGUUCGCAAGCUGAUAUAAACAAGAAUGUUGACAUGAUUGCUGCUCGCCGAAAGGAGCAUGAAUAUUUUGAAAGUAGCCCUGACUAUGGACAUCUUGCAAGUAAAAUGGGAUCUGAAUAUCUUGCAAAACUAUUGUCACAGCAUUUGGAAGUUGUUAUCAGGCAGCGCAUACCCAGUAUCAUUGCGUUAAUUAAUAAGACCAUCGAUGAGAUUAAUGCUGAGCUGGACCGGAUAGGCAGGCCUAUCGGAGGUGAUUCAGGGGCCCAGCUGUAUACAAUCUUGGAAAUGUGUCGUGCAUUUGAGCGUGUAUUCAAGGAACACCUGGAUGGAGGGCGGCCUGGUGGAGACCGGAUAUAUGGAGUUUUUGACCACCAACUGCCAGCUGCUUUAAAAAAGCUCCCCUUUGAUAGGCAUCUGUCUACCAGAAAUGUCCAAAAAGUUGUUUCAGAGGCUGAUGGUUACCAGCCACAUUUAAUUGCUCCAGAACAAGGUUACAGAAGACUCAUUGAUGGGUCUAUCAGCUUUUUCAAAGGCCCAGCUGAAGCCUCUGUGGAUGCUGUACACUUUGUAUUGAAAGAACUUGUACGAAAGUCUAUAGCUGAAACUGAGGAGUUAAAGCGGUUUCCAACUCUUCAAUCUGACAUAGCUGCUGCUGCAAAUGAAGCUUUGGAAAGAUUCCGUGAAGAAGGCCGGAAAACAGUUUUAAGGCUGGUGGAUAUGGAAUCUAGCUACCUGACGGUUGACUUUUUCCGAAAGCUUCAUCUUGAACCAGAGAAGAUUCCUAACCCACAAGGCCCAAAUGCACCAAAUGGACCAAAUGCACCAAAUCAGGAUCGUUAUUCUGACAAUCAUUUUAGGAAAAUUGGAUCAAAUGUCAGUGCUUAUAUUGGCAUGGUUUGUGAUACACUGAAGAAUUCAAUUCCCAAAGCUGUGGUGUAUUGCCAAGUCCUCUCGGCCAAGAGAUCACUACUCAACAACUUCUAUGCUCAAGUUGGGAGGAAGGAGAAAGAGCGGCUUGGUGCAAUGUUGGAUGAAGAUCCACAACUUAUGGAGAGGAGAGCAACCUUAGCUAAAAGGCUUGAGUUGUACAAGCAAGCCAGAGAUGACAUCGACUCGGUAGCAUGGAAAUGAUUGAUUUCCAGUUGCAUGAGAUUUCUUGCCCGCACAGAUUUUUUCCACGUAAACAUCGUGAGGUAGAUUUGUUCCAUUAAUGAACUAAUUGCACAUUCUUUUGUAUUUGAUAUUUGAUAAUAAUCAAAUUCGAUUCAUCUGUACCUAUCAGCUUGAAA